GCUUUGGGCUCCUUUGCUGGGGAGAGGGCUGCUCUUUUGUUUGUUUUGAAGCACUGGCAGGAAAGUGGGGAGGAGAAAAUUACCUAAGUGAUAGUGAGGUUGCCAUGAACUAUAUAAAACUGGGAAAUCAAAUCGGACAAACUCCACCUCGCAGUCUUGAACCAUAAGCACAGCCCCUGAAGAGAAACCCACCCCACAACCGAGUCAUCUCAAAGGCUUGAACUAAAACCAAGCUACAUGAGCUCAGAGCCGCUGCAGGACUGAAAACCCAAGAGCUGUCACAGCCAGAUCCAGUUUUAGUGGGAGCUGCGAGCAGGAAUGCUGUUCUUGGGAAGUUUAAAAAUAAUGAAGUGGAGGCAGCUUUUCUGGAUUGCGUUCUGUGUUGUGGAGUUGUCUGGCAAAGCUUCUGGGAGCCCCACAGACACCUCCGCACCGACGGCCAUGCCCACGGCAGUGAAAGUCAGCAGCAGCACGGCAGCCCCCGCAGCCCCCGCAGCCACCGCAGCCCCUGCAGCCACCGCAGCCCCUGCAGCCACCGCAGCCACCGCAGCCACCACAGCCCCCGCAGCCACCGCAGCCACCGCAGCCCCCAGCAGUGCCAAGCCAACGCCAGAGACAUCCGCUGCAGCCAGGUCCCUGACAGCCAGCCCCACCACCCCGGAGAUCAGCAGCAAGCAGAGGAGCCCACAGCCCAGCCGAGCCCCCACGCAGCCACCGGUCACCCCCUUGAACCCAGAACACACGAGCCGAGAGGCUUCCACAGCCAAGAGCCCAGUGACACAACCCAGAAUGGCAACAGAAGCCCCAGAGUCCACGCCGGCUGUGAUCUGGAGCUCUCCUGCCACCUCGGAGCAUCCUUCCGUCUUGACUGCCACCAUGCCGCUGCACACAGGCAAGGACAGCCCGAAGCUCAUCACAUGCCACAACGUCAAAGAAUUGAGUGACACUGGAGCCAUCUGCUUGCAGCUCAACGAGUCCAACACUUGCAAACAUUUUUUAGAGGAGCAGGGAUCGGACUUAUGGAGUGCAAUAUGUGAAACGAGCGACCACCGCGUUCCCUCCCCGUGCCAGAUUAAACUCGCUAAAUCUGAGGUGGACCGCGACUGUAUGCUCCUCAUCCUCGUCGGUGAGAGAGAUCCUGCUACAGAUAUACUCCAGGAGUCUCACUGGGCAAAGUUUGGAAUAAAAUCCCUUAAACGGGGGAGCGUGAAGAACCACCAGGACUUUUCUCAGAAGACCCUGAUCGCCUUGGUCACAUCUGGACUCAUGCUGGCGUUCCUGGGCUUGGCUGGAUAUUUCCUGAUGAAGCGGCGGAGCUGGAGCCCCGCGGGAGAAAGGCUGGCUGAAGACCCAUAUUACAUGGAAAACGGUAGCCAGGGAAACACGAUGUUGAUGAUGCCCCCCCAAGAGCAACCCGAGCUGCAGGAGAAGCCAAACCUCAACGGAGGGACUCAGGAGAACGGCACUGGCCAAGCGUCCUCCAAAAACGGCCACUCAGCCAGGCAGCACAGCCCUGCCGACACCGAGAUGUGAACCGGGAGAAGUGCAUCCUUAGCGCGAACUAAGAGGGGAGCAGAGACACAAGGGAGGGCAAGAGUUUUCUAUGGACAGUUAGGGAAUUGCAGACCUUUUGGGGUUUUUUUAUUACGAUUAUUUCUGUGAAGAACUUCAAAAACGGCCUAAAGCACAUUAAGCACCAGAGCUGCCAAAGACGUGCUUCUCUGCCUCCUCCUCCUCCUUCUCCCAUUGACCACACAAGACACUUUUGCAGCUGUUCUCUGCUUUUGUUGUUGGAAGAACAUAAUGAGAAAUGCAAGUGCCCUUAGCCCUGAACAGCUUUUAAGCAGAGGCAGACUGAAGCUACAGAAGCCUUGAGCCAGACUCCAACCAACCAAGAUUUUUGGUGGCAGUGUGUUAGGCUGAUUAAAAUAGUUAAAUUGGGAUUUCAGUGACAAAAGCCUCUCAGGUUUCAGAUAAUUUUGGUUAACAGAGUUGGUUUUUUAUCUCAUCUUUAUGUUUAAUUGCAGCAUUUCUUCCUCUUUUAAGAACAUCAGGCAUUUAAUCCCCCUUCUUGUGCUUUAGGUCUUCUUUAGUAUUUCCUACUCCAGCAGAAUUUGCUGAAGCUCUGUGUAAAACUUUCCACAUGGAAUUGAAGGCUGAAAUGUGAAUAGACCUCAAACUUGUUUCUUUUUCAAUCCUACCAGUCCGCAGGUAGUUGUUUUAGAGUAAAAAAAUCUUCCCCGGUCUCUUCAUGUCAGGGACUGGAGAUGGCAUUUGACGAGGCAGAGGCAGCAAAGAAAAAAAAAUCACUUGCGUGAGACGGAGAACAUUUGACACGGCUGUAGACGGCUCUGCAGACGCCGGAGGCUGGCAGUCCCAUCGCCCUCCCUCCCGACACGCAGGGGUAGCACCUAGGGUAGGAUUUUGGGAAUAAAAGAUGCCAAAGGGCUCCCGGUGGGAUGAGUGCUAGACAGAAACCUGGCUCUGCUACGGGUGUUUCUCCCUCUGCAUCAGCAGUGGGUGCAUGAACAAAAAGAAGUCUUUUCCCUUUGGUAAGUGAAGGCCAACACCAAAAUCCUAACAGCAGGAGCAGGUCCUACCUAGCUCUGCGCUGAUCCUGCUCCUGAGGCGAGCGGUGCUGCAAGCCGCAUCACUGAGGUUGCGCUACGUGCAGCUUGGUGAGAGGCAGGGACCAGGGGCAGGGUUGUGCUCGGUCCCGAGCAAGCGCAGCUCGUUCACAGGGAGCCAAAGCUGCUGUCGUGCAAACCCGGCGUCGAUGGUGCAAGACCACGAGAGGCUGCAGUUCAGCAGACUGUACUCAUGCCACAAUCUCUGCUGGCACCACCAGCAACCUCCACAUCUGAAAUAAGGACAAAAAUGGCCCUUAAAGCUGAUCGACCCUCUCAGUAGUGAAUUUAUCGCAACCUUUUCUCAGAGCUGAACACCGGAGGGGAAGGGUUUUGGUUUUUUUUUUUUUUUGGUACAGUGCUUAAAGGAGUGACAUUGGAACAUAAAAGAAUAAAGCACUGGAACAGGCUGCCCAUGGAAGUGGCAGAGUCCCCAUCCCCGGAGGUAUUUAAAAGCGUAGAUGUGGCACUUAGGGACAUGGUUUAGUGGUGGACUUGGCAAUGCUAGGUUAAUGGUUGGACUGGAUGAUCGUAAAGGUCUUUUCCAACCUAAACAAUUCUAUGAUUCUAUGACAGCAAGAUCCGUCAUUAUCCGGGGCUGUUUGCAUGGGUGCACGAGUCAUUUAAACACAGUUUAAAAUAUUUCAGGUUUUGUUUGUUUUGGUGUGAAUUGCUUCUACCAAAUCUCAUUGUAAAUAAUCCCACUUGAAAAAAAAAAAAAAAGAGUAUUAAAAAUCAGCUUCUCCAUUGUGUCCUUG